UUCUAAUCCCUCCCUCACUUGAAAAAUAUAGGAAAUAAACACAAACCCCACUCCCAAACUCCCCAACUCUCUCUCUCUCUUCUUUCUCUCUCCUCUGCUCGCUAAAACCCCUUCACUCUCUCUCUCUUCUAGGGUUUCGGAUUCUUAAUUUGGAUUGAAACGAUGUCGUUGAGGCCGAACGCGAGGGCGGAGGUCCGCCGGAACAGGUACAAGGUGGCUGUGGACGCGGAGGAGGGGCGGCGUCGGAGGGAGGACAAUAUGGUGGAGAUCAGGAAGAACCGCAGAGAAGAGAGCCUCCAGAAGAAGCGCCGCGAGGGGAUUCAAACCCAGCAAUUGCCCUCCAGUCUUCACUCCGCCGGUCUGGAUAAGAAGCUAGAGCAUCUACCAUCCAUGGUUGCUGGUGUUUGGGGUGAUGAGGGCACUAUGCAGCUUGAGGCAACAACCCAGUUUAGGAAGUUGCUUUCAAUUGAACGUAGCCCUCCGAUUGAGGAAGUCAUACAAGCGGGUGUCGUUCCUCGCUUUGUUGAGUUUCUAAUGAGGGAGGAUUUUCCACAACUUCAGUUUGAGGCUGCUUGGGCUCUUACAAAUAUUGCAUCUGGGACAUCUGAUAAUACAAAGGUGGUAAUUGGUCAGGGAGCUGUUCCGAUAUUUGUGAAACUGCUUAGUUCUCCGAGUGACGAUGUUCGUGAGCAGGCUGUUUGGGCAUUGGGAAAUGUUGCUGGUGAUUCCCCUAGUUGCCGUGAUCUUGUACUUGGUAAUGGGGCUUUGCUUCCAUUGCUUUCACAGCUUAAUGAGAAUGCAAAGCUCUCUAUGCUGAGAAACGCAACUUGGACACUGUCAAAUUUUUGCAGGGGCAAACCACAGCCUCCAUUUGAUCAGGUUAAGCCUGCCCUUCCCGCUCUUGCGCGUUUGAUUCAUUCAAACGAUGAAGAAGUCUUGACUGAUGCUUGUUGGGCUCUUUCGUACCUUUCUGAUGGUACAAAUGACAAAAUCCAAGCCGUUAUUGAAUCUGGAGUGUGCCCCCGGCUUGUUGAGCUUUUAAUGCAUCCAUCUCCAUCAGUUCUCAUUCCUGCUCUCCGCACAGUUGGAAAUAUUGUUACUGGAGAUGAUAUGCAAACUCAGGUUAUAAUCCAACAUCAAGCUCUUCCUUGUCUGCUAAAUCUUUUGACUAACAAUUACAAAAAGAGCAUCAAGAAGGAAGCUUGCUGGACUAUUUCAAAUAUCACAGCCGGAAACAAGGAACAGAUCCGGGCUGUAGUUGAGGCUAAUAUAAUCGGCCCUCUUGUUAAUCUGCUUCAAAAUGCUGAGUUUGAUAUAAAGAAAGAGGCUGCAUGGGCAAUCUCAAAUGCUACAUCUGGUGGUUCUCAUGAGCAGAUAAAGUUUCUAGUUAGUCAAGGGUGUAUCAAGCCGCUGUGUGAUCUUCUUGUUUGCCCAGAUCCUAGAAUUGUUACAGUUUGUUUAGAAGGCCUGGAGAACAUUUUGAAGGUUGGUGAAGCUGAGAAGAACUUGGGUACUACUGGAGGUGUGAAUCUCUAUGCUCAGGCGAUUGAAGAUGCUGAUGGUUUGGAGAAAAUUGAGUCUCUGCAGAGUCAUGACAAUACAGAGAUUUAUGAGAAGGCAGUAAAGAUGCUCGAGACAUAUUGGUUGGAGGAUGACGAUGAAACAAUGCCACCAGGUGAUGCUGCUUCAACUGCGUUCAACUUUGGAGGGAAUGACGUUCCAAGUGUCCCAUCUGGUGGAUUCAACUUCGGCUAGAGAAACAUUCCUCAGCAAGGCAAUAAUCCAGUCAGGUCAGGUCAGGUCAGGUCAAGCUUCAUGUUAUGUUCGAGUCCUGUUGUAGGGUUGAAUGUUGUCGGGGGUGGCUGGCUCAGGUGUUUGAACCAGCUGGUUUAAAUCGGUUCAGGCUUCCAUGGGCUUUGAUCAUAGGGACAUCACCAACACAGAUUAAAGGAAAGAACCGGAGUUAUUUUUUUCGGAGUCGUUAUUUCCGGUGGUCGAGUCAAUUAUCCCAUGAAGCAAGAUUUUGUGUUGGUUUCUCGUCUUUCCAUUUGUUUUAGGUUUCAUAUGUCUACUACAGUUGAUCACAGGUGGUUUUGGAACUCCCAAACUCUGUUUUGGUAGUCGACGGUCGAAGGAUUUCUGUUCUUGCUAAUGGUUCUGUCUGUUGUUGAAUCUUCGUCUUCCCGUUUUCGGGUUCCAGAUUUGUUGUUGGGUCGGAGUCAAAAUAUAUUGCCGGAUGGUAUACCUUUUUAUUGGUUAUAUAUUAAAAGUUGUCUAAAGAUUUUAAUA